CUCGACUACGCCUGGGAACCCCACUGCGACUUCGUGCGCCGCUACUGCCGCACUCCCAAGCGCGUCCUCUUCCUCGGCAUGAAUCCCGGCCCCUUCGGCAUGGCCCAGACUGGGGUUCCCUUCGGAGAAGCCUGGCACGUGCGGGAGUGGCUGCGGAUCGUCGGGGGGGUGAAGAAGCCGCCCUCAGAGCACCCCAAGCGCCCAGUGCUGGGCCUGGCCUGCCGACGGGCAGAGGUGAGCGGGGCCCGUUUUUGGGGGCUGGUACGGACCCUCUGCCCCGAUCCUCACCUCUUCUUCCGUCACUGCUUCGUCCACAAUCACUGUCCCCUCCUCUUCCUCGCUUCCAGCGGUCGGAAUUUGCCCCCCAACGAGUUGCCCCCCGCCCAACGGGAUCAGUUGAUGGGACUUUGCGACCGGGCAUUGGCACGAACCGUUGGGCUACUGGGUGUUGGGCUGGUGGUAGGCAUCGGGCGUUACGCCGAGCGUCGGGCACGGCGCGCGUUGGCAGCGGCCGGCUUGG